AUGUUUCUAAUGUUCAAUUGUCCCAUUGACGGCGAUUCCUCCGGAGUUAAUUCAAUCCCUUCAUCAAAUCAAAGAUCGCCAGAUGUCGAAAAUUCCAUCGGAUCGUCGGAAGCAAAUCGUGCAAGGGUCGAAAAAGAAUCCCAGGAAGAGUCAUUUCUGGCGCCGAAUUCAUCACGAUUGCUGAGCUUGAAAGUAGAGAUAGCUGAUGAACCUGCAACUGAAGAAGACAUAAAUCCGCCGUCGGCGAUUAAUAGCUCGGAAUUGGAAACCGAAGCCGAUGCUGAGGUUAGCAAAGAUACUACUACAGUCACACAAAACAAACCGGACAGUUCGAGCAUAAAAGAGAACGCUUCUCCCAACGUUAACGCCAGCGCAGGAAUCGGCCCAGUCGAGAGCAACGGUGGAGUUGAAUUAACGCCAAAGUUGCUGCUUGAAAUCUUACAACAUUCUAUUAUCGGGCAGGACAUAAUCGCACGAGCAUCCAAAGGUGUGCUUUCGGACGGACGCCAACUGGAAUUGGCUCAAAUAAUCGCAGAAUGGCAUCUAGAGCACAGAAAAAAACUCUAUGAAGAUAAUCUGAAAAGUUACGCAAAGACCAUCACUUUGCUGUUCAGGAAUGAAAAACUGGAGUCCUACUACCUACCGAAAGGCGGAGACAAAAAGAACCCUGGAGGUAAAAUCUACAAUAAGGUAAAUACGAUAAAAUCAAAACUUCGGAAGCGUGAGAAAUGUGAAGCCAUCCAUUUGAUGACCCUGUGGUUAAUGAAGCUCGGAGAUGGUUGA